AUGGUUGAAUGUAAUGUAUGCAAAUUGCCAACGAAGGAAAUAGACAAUGGAUAUGUGUGCAAUAAUGGCCACAUAACCAGACACCUUAAGGAAGUGGAUGAAGAAGUGGAUUGGUCGCAAAAAAUAAAGGCAGUUAAAAGGAAGGAAAGGUUCAAACUAGACGAAGUCAUACAACUAUUCACAGCACGCGAACUAUGCGCAUACCUAGGGGUAAAGUACUUGCACGACCUACUGAAGGAAUAUGAAAUUCCAUCUUCUGUUUUCUCCAGGUACAAAGAACUCUACUACGCAUUUACAACAGUAAUUUCCAGUAAGCCAGAAUUCAUGCUAAACACAGAGUACAGAAGAAUAACAGAAAUAUUCAUCUUCCUAGUGAAAAGAGAGACAGAAGAGAAGAAAGGCAAAUUAUAUACAAUACUGGAUUUCAUCAGAAAAUUAGAUUCAUCAGACUGUCUCUUCAAAUAUUACACAAGAGCCAGAACGGCAGUGCGCAUUAAGUACUUGCGAGUGGUCCCAAAAUACAGCAUCAGCAAGAUAACAGGAGAAGGUGUCAUAAGACUACUGCAAGAUGCAUUCCCAGAUAAAAAAGAAUAUCAAAUAGGAGUAAUGGGCUUAUUAACGGAAAGUGCCUUAAAGAAGAUAUGUCUGCAGUUAGGGAUAACCCCAACACAGGAACUUACAACAGGAUACCAGCACUUCCUUGGGACCCUGGAAUUAAUUCAGUUUGUGCAGAACCGUAAGAAAUUCUACUUCAGUGAGUCCAUAAUUGCAUCGUACAUAUAUAUGUACUAUGAAGCCAGGUGUGAACUGUCUUGUGUAAAGGGGUAUGUGCAUGUAUUGGAAGUGCCCCAGGACCUGGGUGGGAAGAAGAUCAUGCAAGACUUCUUUUCCCGAGAGAAUAAUAUUUCUACGUUUAAGCAGUUAAAUGUGUAUAUGAAUAUAUUGGAGCACUAUAAUGGAAGUAGAGAGCCUGUCUUCAAUCCUGUUGAAUUUCCAGCACCAGAAUAUGGCAGAGGUGCAAUAAGCAAUGAAGUACAGCACAAAGCAACACUAAGGAUAUUUGAUCAAAUAUCCAGUGUAAUUGGUCAUUCUAGUUCGUAUAUGAUAGAAUUGCAGGUGAAAUUAUUAUGUGCAUACGGGAGGAUCUUAAGAAGAUUCACUGCAGUGGAAACAAAAGCCAAGAAGACUAAGAAGAAGUACAGGUCAGUCAGGGGGUAA